UCGCACGAGAUGGAGAAGAAAGCGAAUAUUCCUUGGAAUUUAUGGAGUGACGUAUCGAAAAGUGAAACGUGGGAUGAUCAACCGCUGCAACCAUUUCUCUUGCCACAAUCACUGGCCCCUCAUGAAUGGAAAAGAUUUCCUGAGAUUGAUAAUGCGGAGAUCGUUCUCUGUGACUCAACAGAUUCUCCCGAUUUAUUCAGCAAUAAUCGGCAUUUAUUGCACAGUGAGUUCAUCAGAUGGUUCUGCUGUACAUUGAGAAUCCUGAAUUAUUCCCAUAAAGUGGACGGCAAGAAGUGGCAGGGAUGGCAUCACAUUUUCUCACCGAAUAAAUCCCGAAGGAGCUCCGACCGAAAUCCCCAAAUAAAUCCCAACGGAACGAAAAAUUUAUUGCAAGUUGGGACGAGAGGCUGUGCAGCUAGAACCCUUUGCCUGAAUCCUGGAAGACACUUGUUGAGGAUUUUCUGUCAGUCCAGGGAGCAUUACUAUUUAACAAUAUCAUCAGACACUGUCUUCCACAUUGGAGACAGGAUGAGAGUCCAGGACCUCAUGACUUCUGAAUCAGAAAGAAUUGAAUUCUUCGCGGAGGAUGUGCAUCGCAGACUUAAAACUGCAAUCAACUCUCUAUCCACUCCAAAUGAUCUUACGGAUUUGAGGGAUUUUUAUCAGAGCUACAUGCCGCGAGAAAUUCACUCCAAAAAAUUCUGCAAACUCGAUCGCUGGAGGAUUCACGAGAGGUUCAAAGCAGAAUUUUUGGACACCGCUGGGAAGAAAUGUCGAGAGAAUGGAAGACGUGCGUUAAAAAUCUUCUUCAUGUCCCUUGAAUCCCGAGGAGGAGAUAAAACCCCAGGGGCUGACGAUGACACUUCCCCUGCAGCUGUGAAGAUUCAGUCGUUCUUCCGAAUGCUGCGAGCGAAGAAAUACCUGCGACUUCGUCAGGGUAACGACAGAGAACAUGAGGAGGUAAAACGGACUCUAGAAGAGGUCCUGGAGGCUUUCGACACCAAGACAAUGUGCCAGGUUGUCAGGAAUUUGGUGAAUGGGAUGGGGGAGCUGGGGAUGUAUCCCUGCAGCUCGGAUUUUCAGAAUGUCCUGGAGAUCCAGAAGAUGAGGGGAACAGCUCUGGUUUCUCCAGGCAAUUGGGUUCCAAUGGUUCGACAGAAUCUGAUGGUGCGACCUGGAGAAAUCGUCUUCGCUGCCCUGGACUUGUUCGUCGAAUUGCCUGGGUACAGUCUCAGGUGUUUCGACAAUGACACCAGCAAGGAAGUCUUCAGGGCUGUAAAUAAUGUGAUGCCCUUCCACUACAAAGGAAACAGAACUGGAUUCACUGUCGUUGGAUAUGGAUGGACUGAUGAGGACAGACCUGCAACGGUGAAUUGGACUCUGCACAUAACAACCAGAAGAGGAUCUUCUCAAUUCCUCGGUGAAGGUCAAUCCCAGCCUUUACCCUCCAUGACAGAAGACGCAAACCCUGCGAUAUAUGAAUUAUCAAACAUCUACAUCCCGAACUACAACAAUUGCCUCGCUAAAGCCACCCUGAGAGUCUCCAGAAAAUGCAUUCUGUCUCUUCGGCUGAAGACGUCUUACCCGAAAGCGAAAAUCACAUUGAGAGUUUCAAGUACAGAAAUUAUGAUAAAAGAAUUUUCUGGAGUCUCGGCGGUUUUCCUGCCAGUGGUCAGGCUUGACUGCGAGGUGGAGUACCUCAUCCAGGGAUUUGUCCUGGAGAAGUCCUGGCCAUUGACAGAGGACGAGUGGAGGUGUGUCCAGAGGGCGAAGAGCGAUCUGGAGGAAAGGAUAAGCUCGUCGGGUUUGUCUGGAAAUUUUGUGGAGAGAAGAACCCUGAGAGCUGGUGAUUCGUUGGAAAAUCCUCACUGGAGUCUUCAAAUUUUGUGUGACCCUGACAUCAUCAUUGAGCUCCAAGAAGAUGUCCGAAGAGACUUGGAGAUGCUGGAGACCAAACUGCAGUGGAGAUCGCAGGAUCCCGGUAGAUCCGAUCGCGGAAAAAAUCUGCGGGAAGAAUUUCGGGAUAAAAUUAGCAUUGAACGUUGCAAUUUCGAGUUUUCUGAGGAGGAGCAAGCGACUCCUCCAGGAGAUGACGAAGAGAUCAGAACACUGAGUCCUCCACGUGACCGACGACGAUUGCCACCCCUGGAUCUACCUCGACAGGCUCCAGGGACGAGGGGAAUGCUCCAGGAACAGAUCCAGAAGAGGACGAGUUUAUUGAAAUUCGAGGAAAAGUCCAGGUACCUGAUGCAGCGCCUGGAGAUGACGUUGGUUAAAUCUCUGGGGAUGCCGAUUACAUAA